UCAGGCAGCUCAGGAAGCAAAGACGAGACACAGCAGAAGAGAUCCUUCAAAUCCAAGGAGAGCAAAUCACUUGAAGACUGAGCCUUCAGUAGAUCCCUCCACUCACUAAUUUAUAACCUUUAAGAUGAAGACAAGUCUUGCAAUCCAGUGCAUCAUUCUCCUGGCCUGCAUGGCCUUCUGCACUUCACUAGUUAUUCCAAAGUGCCGGUGUUUGACGACCAGUAAGCCUGUAAAUCCCUCUCUCAUCACUGGUGUCCAGGAGUUUGGUCCUCGUCCAUACUGCAAUAAGAGACAAGUCAUUGUCACACUGAAGGAUGGGACAGAACGGUGUCUCGAUCCUGAGGCAAAAUUCACCACAGCAGUGCUGCGAAGAAUGAAGGAGCUGAAAAGUGGGGACCAUAUCACUGUCAGCCAACAAACAACCACAGCAGCACCCACAGCAGGACCCACAGCAGCACCCACAGCAUGAACCACAGUGCCAAAAUCAUCCUGAUGCACUUUGCAUAUUUAGCACUAUUACAUUAGGUGUUGAAAAAUAAGGAGGAGCGGCACAGCUUUGUACACUAGGAGGUAUAACUGACAGCAACAUGUGAACAUAUUUAAUAUCAAAUGUAUUAUUUUCCAUAUUUAUUUAUUUUCCAAGUUCUCAUCCAGAUUAAAGCGUUUUCUGGAAACAGUCAAGAACGGGGUGUUGGAAAGCUCAUCCCUCAGCCUGUGUUCAAAUUUAACUUCUUUUUUUAUGGAUAUAUUUUAUCUAAAGUAUGAUUUUCUUUGGGUUUUGGGUUUGUUUUUUGUUUGUCUUUUUCAAACAGCAAUGCUCUUAUUCACUGCACGUGCAGAUGUCUCUACAUGUUCCCUUGUUAUUAAG